UAUAGGGAUAUCACUAAUUUGCUAAUCACAAAAUAAUCAUACAUGGCUAAAUCCCUGUCCUCGGUGAACAAUGAAGUUAAAGAAAUAGCAGCCCACUGUGAGCAACUGCCGGAAAGAUUUAUCCGUAAAGACGUCACCGAGUCUUCUCCAGCGGAUAUUCCUGUAAUUGACGUUAGCCUCUUAGCUUCAUCUCCUUUGGAGCUCGAUAGGCUUAGAUCAGCGAUUGCCACUUGGGGCUGCGUUCAGGCAAUUAACCAUGGAAUUGAAGGUGCCCUUCUGGAUAAAGUUCGAGAAAUCAGCAGAGCGUUCUUCUGUUUAUCAGCAGAGGAGAAGCAGAAAUGCUUGAGGGAAGAAGGUGAUGUUGAAGGCUAUGGAAAUGACAUUGGUCUGGCAGAGGGGCAAACUCUUGAUUGGACUGAUAGACUGUUUCUGACUGUUCGUCCUCAACACAAACACAGGCUUCAGUUUUGGCCUCAAAAUCCCAGCAACUUCAAGGAGGUUGUUGAUGAAUAUUGCUCCAAAAUGGAGGUGUUCAAUCAAGUUAUCCUCAAAGCCAUGGCUAGAUCGUUGAACUUGGAGGAGAAUUGUUUCUUGGACCAAUAUGGGACAACUUCAAAUUCAACCAUUUUGGGACGGUUUAACUACUACCCUCCUUGUCCAUGGGCUGAUAAAGUCUUGGGACUCAAAUCGCAUUCUGAUGGCUCAGCCAUGACAUAUCUGUUGCAAGACAAAGAGAUUGAAGGCCUUCAAGUUUUGAAAGACGGUCAGUGGUUUCGAGUUCCUAUUCUUCCUGAUGCUUUAACCAUCAAUGUUGGCGAUCAAAUCGAGAUAAUGAGUAAUGGGGUAUUCAAGACCUCCGUACACCGAGUGAUGGUAGACUCAAAAAAGCAACGGAUGACUGUAGCUAUGCAUUGCAUGCCUCAAACUGAAAAGGAUAUUGGACCCGUAGACGGGCUGAUUACGGAUGAAACACCAAGGUUAUACAAGAAGGUAACGUUUUCGCUCGACUUUUAUUUCGAGAGUUACCAGAAAGGUUUGAGAUCACUCGAUGCUUGCAAGGUUUGACAAUGUUCAGAAGAUGGCACUCUUUUCAUCCGUUCUUAAGUGUGUGUGUUUGUUUGUUUGUUUUGAUUAUUUAAUUUUGUUUAAUUAUGUUGUCUUCCAAAUAAGAACAGAAACCAUUUUAUAUGGGAGUAUGCGGUAGGUGGUUAUUGUGUUUGUUAAUAACUUUUUGUAUAAUAGUAAUAAUUGGCUUGUGUGA